AUGGGAUGCAAACGCCCCAUUUUGUACCAGUGUGAAGUCACCCCUGCCCUCAGCCUGAAUUGGUCAGGACAUGCUGGGUCCCCGGAAAUCUCAAGGAAGCGUGGGUACACCCGCGGAAACGCACAUGCUCUGACUACGGGUUCGCAGGGGAGCAGUUUGAAGAAAAGCAGUUGGGGAAUCUUAGUUCCUGCGAUAGUCGGUGGGGCACUGGUGGCUUUGUACGCGGUGGCCACGCCGUCCAUCACACCGGCCCUGCGGAAAUAUUGCCUGCCUUUUGUACCCGCAACUUCCAAACAGAUUGAAAAUGUCGUGAAAAUGUCGCAACGCGGACGAGGAUCCCUCGUAGACAUUGGUAGCGGCGGUGGACGCAUUGUGAUUGCAGCUGCGAAGGAAGGAGUCACAGCUCUUGGUUAUGAAUUAAAUCCAUGGCUAGUUUGGUACUCCAGGUACCAUGUCUGGCGAGAAGGGGUGCAUGGCUUUUCCACGUUUUGUAUUUCAGAUUUGUGGAAGAUGAUGCCACAGUUGGAGAAGAAACUUGAACUUGAGAAUGACGCAAGAGUCAUUGCUUGCCGAUUACCUUUUCCCCACUGGACACCGGAUCAUGUCACUGGAGAGGGGAUAGACACUGUGUGGGCUUAUGAUGGGAGCACUUUUAGAGGAAAGGAAAAGAGGCCCUGA